AUGGGGUGUGCUUCCUCCAAGGGUUUGGAUGCCGCGGCGGUGCCUUACCGACCGGCACCGACCAGCUUCGCCGUGUUCGACAUCAACGCCAUCGAGGAGCCAUGGCUGAAGCAUCUGAACAACACAACCACCACCCCACAUCCCCAAGACAAAACCCCUCUCCCCGCCCCUAUCCUCCACAAACUCAACAUGCUCGACGCCACCGACGCCCCUCAAUCAUGGGACGAGGUCAGCAAAACACUCCAAGACCUCAAACCCGUCAUCACCAAACCACCUUCCACCACACCACCCCAACAACCUCAACCACCACAAAAGACUAACUCCUUCCACACACUGGAAGAGUUAGACGCCAAGUUAAAGCCCGAGGCCGAAGCCGUAAAGCCCGCUGCAGUAAAGCCCGCUGCUGAGGCCAAAGUGAACAUAAACGCGGCGCGAGGGAGCAAGUUGAAGGACAACGUGUUCAUAGUGCGGGACAGGUUAGAGAGAGAGAAGGAGGAGAAGGAGUCGGCGUUCGAGCAGCUUCGGCGGGAUCCACUGAGCGCGUUCCCCGAGAAGUGUCCGCCGGGGGGGAGCGACACGGUGGUGGUGUACACGACGUCGUUGGGGGGCGUGAGAAAGACGUUCGAGGACUGCAACAGGGUGCGGGACGUACUGGAGGCGCACCGCGUGGUCUUCGACGAGCGCGACGUGUCGCUGCACGGGGAUUUUCUCCGCGAGGUGAAGGAGCUGGGCGGCGAGGGGGUGGCGCUGCCGCGGGUGUUCGUGAAGGGGAGGUACGUGGGGGGGUUGGAGGAGUUGGUUGAGCUGAACGAGACGGGUCGACUCGGGAGGAUACUGAGGGCCACACGUGUGGAGAGGGGGCUUGGGAGGCAAGCGUGCGGAGGGUGUGGUGGGGCCAGGUUUGUGCCUUGUUUGGAGUGUGGUGGAAGUUGCAAGGUUGUGGUGAAUGGGGUUGACAAAGAGAGGUGUCCCAAGUGUAACGAGAAUGGCUUAGUUCAUUGCCCUUCUUGCAUUUGA